AUGAUACAAGCAGCUCCACCUGUGAAGAAGGUUACUAUCCUUGAUAGUCUUGAGCUGGCGCUGGGCCCCAAGUCACCUCGGAAGAACGAUAAACAACCACCCAGAGCGUCCGCUCGCUAUUCAAGGUCGCGUUCGCCAGAAAAACGCAGCAGACAAGGUUCGCAGCAACCCAAGGCUAAGCCCGCUCCACUUCCGAAAGACUCGGCGCAGGAGAAUAUUCUGGCUGCCCUUGGUGUUGAGGGUUCGCCUAAGAUGGUUUAUCCCACCCCACCUCCUGCUCUGGGAUUGCCAGUCCCUCCAGGCAACCGGUAUGUACAAGUUAAGGCUAGGAACGUAGCAGAUCUGACAAUUGAUAGUAAAAGAACCACCCCACCUGGUGGCUUCGCACCUACGAAUCAACGUUUCGCAUACGGUCCUCAGUUUCCUCCUCCACCACCACCUCGCGAAAGUCGUUCGCCAUCCUUCGAUCCAUGGCGUGCACAUGAUCCCGCUAGUCCCAAGUCGACCACCUCUCAACACACCGCGGUUGGUUCGGACUUCCACGGUGACGAAGUCAUGGUUGACAUGGAUGCUACGCCUAAAGCCAAGGCACCGCUUGCUUCUGAGAAAUCGGGCAGCGGCAGGAAGCGUACUUAUGAGGAAGUAGCUGCUGCAGAAGGACGCCGCAGACAAGACGAGGACGAUGACACUCCCCGGGCACGACGUGUUCGACAAAGUAGACAAGACGUUUACAGGUACGUUGAGACGCUGCACUGA